AGUUCAAUGUCAUUAAUAAAUUAAGACCACAAAAACCAGCAGUUAUUUUAAUUAUUUAGGUGUUUAUUGAGUGGUUGAUUAUUUUUGUAAUUUAAGUAUAUUGUGUAAUGGAUUCGGGAGAGAGCCAGGUGCUGCCUUUGGUGCUAGGCGUUGGUGUAAUAGUUACAUCAUUUGUGAUAUAUAAAUUCUUUUAUUCGUCUCCAGAUGCACCCAGCAAAGAAACUAAAAGUAAAAGUAAAAAAAUUCUCCUGAAAGAUCCACAGACGAAAUACCAACUGCCAUUAAUAGAGAAAACUAUUAUCAGCCAUGAUACAAGAAACUUCAGGUUUGGUCUACCAGAAAAGGAUAUGGUGCUUGGUCUUCCUAUUGGUCAACAUAUUAUACUGUCGGCCAAAAUCAACGAUGAGUUAGUUAUAAGAUCAUACACUCCUGUGUCAUCAGAUGACGAUCAAGGAUACGUUGAUUUAGUUAUUAAGGUAUAUUUCAAAAAUGUUCAUCCCAAAUUUCCAGAUGGUGGCAAAAUGACUCAACAUUUAGAAUCCCUCAAAAUUGGUGACACUAUCGAUGUACGAGGUCCGGCGGGAAGAAUUGAGUACCUUGGUCAUGGUAAAUUUACAGUGAAGAAACUUAGAAAAGAUCCACCAGAGGAAAUAAAAGUGAAGAAAGUUAAUCUCAUCGCUGGAGGUGUAGGAAUAACUCCAAUCUUACAGUUGAUCAGACACAUCCUCAAAGACCCCAGUGACACAACAGAAUGUGCAUUAUUGUUUGCAAAUCAAACAGAAGACGAUAUUUUGUUAAGACCAGAAUUAGAAGAAGCAGUGAAGAGUAGACCUAAUAGUUUUAAGUUGUGGUAUACUCUGGAUAGGCCCCAACCAGAUUGGAAAUAUAGUUCCGGUUUCAUCAACGAAGAAAUGUUAAAAGAACACUUGUUUCCCUCUUCUGAUGAUGCUUUAGUCCUCAUGUGUGGUCCCCCGCCAAUGAUAAACUUUGCGUGUACUCCAAAUUUGGAGAAACUUGGCCACCCCAAACAGAGGCUGCUUGCUUAUUAAAUAAAUAAAAUUUUAAAUGUUUAUUGUUUUGUAUAUUUUUGUUGCAAUAGUGUAAUAAAUAAGUCUACAACAUU